UUUAUUGUUUUCCUUCUCCAUCCUGACAUCUGCUGGGUUUUGAUUCAUAACGAUUCAGAGAGACAGAGAGAGAGAGAAGAUAGAUAUUGAGUGAGAGAAAGAGAGAGAAAGAGACUCAUACAGAGUCACAUACUUUUCACUGUCUUAUUUUUGAGUUAAAACAGAAAAAAAUUAGAUCAAAACAAUAAUGUUGGUUAAUUGUGUAAGAUGAGGGAAAUGUAAAAUAAAUGUAAUGUAACUGUAACCAGUUUUUUAGCUAAAAAAUAUCAAGUAACGGUCAUGGGAGAUAAUCACGGUGUCAAUGGCAAGCCAAAGAUCAAAUUUAGCCAUCCAACAACCUUUCUUGCUGCCUGUGCUUGUAAUGAUUUAAAUGAAUGUGAACGCUUACUAUCACAGAAUAUGGUCAAUAUUAAUUGUACCAAUGUGGACGGGUUAACAGCAUUACACCAAGCCUGUAUCGAUGAUAAUAUAAAAAUGGUUCGGUUCCUCUUGGAUCAUGGAGCUGACAUUAAUUGUUGUGAUCAUGAGGGUUGGACACCUUUACAUGCGACAGCAUCUUGUGGUAAUGAAGCCAUUGCUAGUUUAUUAUUAGAAAGAGGUGCUGAUCCAAGGAUUAUUAAUUAUGACGGUGAAUUGGCUUGUGAUAUCACAGAUAGCCUUGCCAUCAAGGAGAUGAUUGACAAAAAAUUAAGAGAACUAGGUGUAACUGAUGUGGAUACUCUUCGACAACAAGAACAUAUCUGUAUGUUAAGUGAUGUCAAUAAUUGGCUUAAAACUCAAGUUGUUGAUGACAAACCUCAUCCUAGAUCAGGAGCUACGAUACUUCAUGUAGCCGCUGCUAAAGGUUACAUCGAUGUUUUGGGUACUCUACUCAAUAAUCGCAUUAUUCGUAGUCAAUUAGACAUUGAUGCUAGAGAUAAUGAAGGAUGGACUCCGUUGGCAGCUGCCUGUUAUUGGCAGAAACCCGGAGCUGUACAGUUACUUAUUUUACAUGGAGCUGAUGUAAAUGCUGAAACUGACGCAGGUCAACGUUUACAGGAUCUAACAGACCAUGAUCUAAUAGCACAGCUUAUCGAGGAGAAACGUCGUAAGCUUGCUGAAGAGCAAAAACUCAGAGAGCAAAUGAGAUCUGCUGUAUCCCAAUCUAAAGUGCCUCCUUCACCACCUUCUGCACCAACUCCUCCUACGGAAAGUGAAACUCAAAGAAAAGCUCACGCUAAGCGAGUCCGAGAAACUAGAAGAUCAACGCAAGGUGUUUCAGCGGAGGAUGUCAAGCAAGCCAAAGAGCAGUUCAUGAUAUCUUCAUCUAUACCGGCUUCACCGGCUGUAACUAAUUCGCCUAUUUCGAUUCCAAAGACAACAACAGCAACAACCACAAUAUCAACGACACCAACGACACCGACGACACCGACGAUAACCUUCAAUAAUAAUAACACUAUGUCAUUGACAGCAAUUUCAUCGAUUGCACCGUCACCACUUAAUUCGUCCAGUUAUAAUAAUCUGGUUACUAACACCCCAACCAACAAUAAUAAUAACAAUAAUCCAUUAACAAAAUCGGAUGACCAGCAAUCUAGACCAGUCCGUUGUCGUUUACCUCCAUCACCUCCAACACCUCCAUCAGUGUCACAAUCAGAUUUUAAAUCAGUAGAUCAAAUAGACAGUAGUGACAUUAGCUCUAGUAGUAGUAAUAAGAAUAAUAGUAAUAAUAAUAGUAAUGUUAAUAGUAGUAGCAGUAAUGUAAAAGAUUUUCGUAAACUCUAUGAAACAUUAGUCAAGGAAAUGGAAAGCUUGAAAAAAGAAAUCUUACGUAAAGAACAUGAAUGGAAUAGAGAGAAACGGGCUCUUCAGCGUAAGCUCAGUGAGCUUGAAGAAGAAAUUAAACAGUUGGAAGCCUUCAAGAGUGACAAUAAAAGACUCAAAGACGAGAAUGGUGCUUUAAUUCGAGUAAUCAGUAAAUUGUCUAAAUGAAUCCAACAACAAUCACAACUAUGUAAAUCUAUAACUUCAUCCAUCCAGUAAAACCGGUUGAUCACGGCAUCGAUGUGAAACAAAAUUAAAAACAAAUUUUACUGUAACAAUAUUUGGAGCGUUCGGAAAAAAACAAAACUUUAACAGAGGUUAAGAUGCAAUUUAUCUGCGCCUAAAGAAGUUGGUAUGCAUCAUGAUUUAUCUAGUUUAACAAGUUUAGUUGUUGAUGAACUAGUGGCCAAUAUCUUAAGAAAAGCAUCAAUAAUUAAACAAACUAAAGGCUUAUGGUUAAUUCGUCCAAGCUUGCUCUGAAUUGAUAUCUGAACAACCCUAAACCGUUUUUAAACAGCUUCAACCAACAGCAUUAUUAACACGAUCUCGCUCUGUUGAAUCCAUUGAAAUACGCUUCAUUGUAACUAAUCCUUCCAAGGUUUGUCCAUCACAACGCACUUGUUUUAUCAACAUUAUCAGGAAUGUAUCCCAACAAUUAGAGGAUGAAUUAAACCAGAAUCAUCAACCGGAAGAUCAAAGAUUCUUUCGAAGCUGUUAUUUCCGGCAAAAGUUUUGAGACUAUUAAAUAUCUUCGGUGCAAGUACAUCUUUUUUUUUGUUGUUUCCAAUGAUUGAUAAUGUUGAUCCACUUUGACAAGUCUUCUCAAUUAACACAACUAGAAAACGAAAAAAUAAAUAGCAACGGCGAUUCGACAUUAACCCAAUAUGCAAUCAAAUGUAGAAGUUUUUGAUGAUGAUGAGAAUAAAUUGUCCAUGUUGACCAUUAAACGUAAAUUUAUGCUACAA